CGUGAACCCAAUACCGCUCCAUUCAGGCCUUAUUGUCUCACCUCACAAAAAGUCAAUCAAAACCGAGACCAACAGAGAGGCAAGAGUGACAAGGGGGUCAGAUUCCAGGCCGUCCCUAUAGCGCAGCAUUUUGUACUCCUCUCCCUCCUCUCCCUCCACCCCGGUCUCUCCGAUUUUCAAUCCCCUGAGAGAUUCCAGUGUUCGCCCCUGUCUCUACAUACCUGCACGAUUCACCUCACUAUUACCACUCCCCCCCCCCGGUCCCAGCCCGCAAGCACGCACAAGCUACAGUAAGACAUUUAUCUUCAGUCUCUGAGGAGUAAAGCAGGAGGAGGAGGAGCAGCAGCAAGCAAGAAGCAAGCAACCAGCUGGGGAAAUUUUAGCAUCACUGAGCUUGCCAUUUUCACGAUUCAAUUGCGGUUCGGAAAACCCUCACACACUUUCUAGGCCCACACGUUUUGGUUGUAUCCCAUCACCUGCCUUUAAUUCUCCUCCUUAUUAUCUCCUGCGUCUUCUUCUCCUAUCUUUCCCUUCUUUCCUUCACAUACCCAUACUCGAAGACGCUAGUAUAUCUUCAGAGGCGCAUCCAUCCUGCGAGAAGCCAGCCAGCCAUUUCUGCCAGCAAUCAGAAGCUUGGGACGACCUCCAAUUCCAACUCUACCCAGCUGUCUGGCUCUUGAUAUAGCGGUGCCUUUUUUUGUCGUUUACCAAACCGGUUCCUGUCUCGAUACCAUUCCUUCGGGUUGUCGCUUCUUCUCGGUAGAUCCCUCACCAGAAGGCUUGUUCGGCAACAUCUAAAAAACGUGGUGAUCGCCCGCUCCUUGCUCUCUUUGGACCGGACAUCAACUAUUAUCACCUCUGCACCAUCUGCCACACCCCCUCCCACUUGUAUCAUUACUGUUCCCAUCCACGCACUCCCCGCAUAUUCAUACUGCGUCCUUGCCCGCCGCCCAUCUUUCCCUUUAACAGCAUCAGACACCUGCACCCAUCUUCACACAACAAAUCCUUUCUCUUCCACUACCACUCCACCUAACAUCUCCGCCUCCAACAACUACCCAACAGCUAGUAACUGAAGUAACUGAGCAGCCUGUUGCGCCUCUCGUUGAGCUGUCCCAACCUCCGCUACGAGAUCCCAGCCUCCAAGGCGGCUGCGCUAUAUACCCCCUUCCCUCCUAGGGGCAUUUUCCGUCAAAGUCUUCACCACGGCGGCCCUCAGCUACCCCCCGUUCUCACGGGAAACAGUUUCGCCUCUCCAACUCUUUAUUCCGCCGACACCGCAGUCUUCCUAUCCGUCGCCGACCCUAAGCGCGGCAGACAAGUAUCCACUGCCCUCCCUGGAUCCCUCCCAGGGCCAGCAAGCCCAAUAUUGGGGAGGAAGCUCCUCGGGGGCUUCCUCUACUACUGCCUCUUCUCCCUCGAUUUUGACACCUUCCCUGGGCUCAGGUACUUCGCCACCUUCGCUAUCGUACUUGCAAUCUGCGCCAUUUAACUACCAAUCCUCGGUCGCUAGGACCCUUCCCACACCACCCACUACUAGCGACGCAGAAACAAGACCUUUCCCUCCUCCAGUCCGUGAAGAGAUCUCCAACCUGGCUGCCACAUUAGCACAGAGCUCCUCUUUGAUGAGCACCCACGACAUGUCUUCGGGCCUUGCUGCGCGGAGGCAGCAACAUCCGCUUCCCCAGUUCCAUCUCAACACCACAAGAGCACCCUACUCGAGCUUUGGCGGCAAUAGUGUACUUACUCCCCCACCAAUGGGACCCAACGAGAUAACCAGUCCAUUGAGCAGUGGUGGUAGUAGUGCUGGAACGGUAUCUGCCAUGGGACAGUUUUCCCCGGUUGGUUAUUGGCCUGCUACCUCGAAUAGUUCGCCCUAUGGUUACGGCUCAGCCUCAGCAAAUGCUUCGUAUACGUCAGGAGGGAUCCAGAGUUCCACAAACUCAAACUUUGGGGUUAGAGGGUUUACCUCGCCUGGCGUAACGUUGAACAGAGGAAACAGCAGACCCUCAAGCCCUGCCACUGGGGAGUUAGUUCACCCCCCCAGUUUUGACAAUCCGUCGCCCUAUACAGGCGGGAUACCCAUCUCGACCAGUGCUGGGGGCCACCCAAUCGCUGCGGUAGCUGGAUCAGGUUUACCUUCGAUAGGGCCGGGGUCGAAUGUCCAUGGUAACUACGCUGCUGCCUACCUUCAACCCAAUCAGCACCCUAACCAGCCCCACCCUCCAAUGAACAGCCAAUCACAACAAAAUCACGAUCCGUAUUCCCCUCAAGGUUCGUUACCUCCUCCAAACCCCUCGCAGCCCUAUUAUGGACAGCAGCAACAACAAGGCCUUCAAAUGUCGCCCUCGAGUGUUAUGGGUAGACAGAUGAACUCUGGGCCCCAGUACCCGCCACUAGUCCCGUUGCAACCGAAUUACAAGCCUCAGUACCCUCUUCCGGGGGUAGGCGGACCAGUUAUGGGUGGGAUCUUACACGGACACCCAGGCAUGAUGACCCAUCACCAUCCCGGUGCUCACCAUCAACAGCAACAAACCGAGCGACCCUUCAAGUGUGACCAGUGCCCUCAAAGCUUCAACAGAAACCACGACCUGAAGCGACACAAGAGGAUACAUCUGGCUGUUAAGCCCUUCCCUUGCAAUAACUGCGAGAAGAGCUUCAGUAGGAAGGACGCUCUAAAGAGGCAUCGCCUUGUUAAGGGAUGCGGAAAGAACGACCAUCUUCAAGGACAACCUUCGCCUGCUACUACUGGACAGGAUUCGAAACAAUCACCUAGCGUCUCACCGGUUAGUGCUAGAAAUCCUGGCCCGGAACGAAACGCCAGUCCACCAGGGAGCGCUGGUGGUAUGAUAAAGCAUGACCGAUAAUAUAGUACCUUGACAGCUUGUCAUCUAUCUCUCGGCUCUUCGAGACUUGUAAGCUAUAAUAUUUUCUUGGUGGAUACCCUCGAUACCUUUCGUCUAUUGUCGUUAUAAAGACCUUAUUCUUUCGGUUCUCUUACCACAUGUCCAUUCUUCGCAUUCUUCUCGGCAUUUGUUAUGUGUUUAUGGUGCGACUCUUUGCUCAAUAUGGGAGUAGUGCUUUUUUAUAUAUCUGUUUCGUGUCAAAAUAUUAUGGGGCUGGAGGAUUUUGUGCUUUUUUGUGCUUUUCUCGACGGAAUACCUAGCAUGAUUUUCUGUCUUUCUUUCUUUACGUGUAUGCAAAAGGCGCUUCUUGUUUGGCGUGGGCGGCGAUUGAUUUUUAGUAUUUUCUUCUCUUAUAAUUCCUCGGGCUUUUGGAUUUUGCUUUCCUAUGGGGACUGGUAAAGCCGCGUAAUCUUUGGCUUUGCUGUCGAUAUAUCAUCUGUUCUGUUCGUUCGAUUGGUCCAUAUCUUGCUUUCUUUCUACUGUUGGGUGAGGCAAACGGCAGGAGGGAAAAUAUUUAGCGGUGUUGUAUGCUUUAUAUCUGGUGCCGGGGGGGGGGUGCUUGAAUUUUAAUUGAUGGUAGCAACAUUGGCAGGGGUUUGUCCUGAUUGCUUGCGGUGGCGAUAUAUCCCAGUGUUCAUCGGCGGCGGGGAGGAAGGAUAACCCUUUCGGUGAUUCUGUCAUUGCGGUAUCAUAUCAUAUCCUGGGCUUCGAAUUAUUGUUGUGAUUAGGUUACCGUAUUAUACUAUUGAAGAAGUAAACGUCGCUGAA